AUCGGUGUCCUUUCUGAAAAUGCCUUCUAUUCAAUCGCUUUAUAAAACACGAUGUGUUUAGUUAUUGCGUUUCAUUCAGUGUGUUUAACAAAUAUUUUUCCCAAUCGAAUCGGUAGUGAUUAUUUUUGAAUUCGAAAUAAAUAAAAUGUUUUUACGUCGAGUAUUUUCGCGAAAAGAGCAAAAUGAAGCGGAAGCACCAACCGUAGAUGGUUAUUCGCAUUUAUCGAAUGCAAUUCGAACACCGAGUCACAAUAAUUCACCGUUCCGUAGUGCGCGUCGCAAUUCAAUGCCCAACAAUGAUGAAAAGCAACAACGUAGUUUAACAAUGGUGCAGUUGACUCCAUUAUGGGAAACGAUAAUUCGUACGAAGCGUUUGCCGGACAAUUUAAAUGUGAGCCAAAUAUUCGAUGAAUUUGCUGAACGAUUGCGAGACCCUGAAUGGCAAGUGCGACAGCAUGCAUUACGAGUAUUGAUUGAUGUAUUAAUUUUGAUGUCAGAUCGUGCUGAUCAAUAUUUUCAACCGUUAAUUUGCCCGUUGGUCGAGAAUUUGGGCCAUUCAGCGCCAGCCAUACGAAAGGGAGCGCUUGACGCGCUCAAAGUGUAUAUGACGGAAACGGCAAUGCCCGAAACAAUUAUGUUGGAGAUAAUCAGCUUGGGCAUGGAACAAACGACAUAUUUUCAGCAAUUUGAUGGUCGUGUUUGUAUUGGUGUUAUGUUAUCGAUGCCCUCAUUUGUAUAUACAUCACUUGGAACAUCGAAACAGAAUCAUAUCGUUCGAACGGUCAUUCAUGCACUUACGAAUAAAAUGGUUCAAGUUACGUAUCAAGAGGUGGCUUUGAAAGUGCUACUGCGAAUCCGGGAGAUGAUUGGCGUUCGUGAGUUUUCUGAGCACAUUGCUCAUGGGGCGUAUCGAGAUUUUGAGCUGUUGUGCAAUGUAUAUGGUCUGCCAUCCACUCCAAACACACAAGAUCCAUCGAUGGAUCUGUAUUUGCCGCAAACAUCGGGUGAAACGAGCCGAGUAUGGAAUCCAGUUCCUACAUCCACCGACUCUUCCAACUGCAAAGUCAAACGAACCGAACUGUGUUGGCGCGAUAAAGCGGACGAAACAUCUGCUGAUGAAGAGAACAAUAAUAACAAUAGCAGUUUGACGACGAAGCCAUUUAAUAGCUGCACCGGAAAUCCAGCGGAAAAAAGUUGUGUCCAAACGACGAUCAAUGUGAUAGCCAAACAGCCGGAAAAUGAAAAAAUCAUUAUGGAAACGGAAAUCAAAAUCGAAAAUACGGCUGUUACAAUGCGAAUCAUGGAGGCGAGCAAUAGUAAUAGCAGCGAAAAUGAGGUUGCCGGCGAAAUGAGUGAAGAUGAUUUAUCGUCGGUGUACGGUGCACAGAAUGGUGUUGUCCGAAUUAUGACCGAUAGCGAAAUGGAUGAAUCGAAUGGUACAACGGUGAUUGAGGUGCUCGAUUCGGCUCGAAAUCCACUCAAACGUGUGACAUUUGGCGGUGAAGAAGUGAAACUACGUACACCGGAUAGUGAUAGCGUUUUACAAAGUGAUAAUGACGAUGCACAAAAAGCAAUUCAAAAAAUUGUCGAACAUCAACUCAGUUUGAAUCAUAGUCAAAACAAUUUGAACGAAACGAUGAUAAUGAGCAGGGAUCACGAAGUGAAUAACAAUUUAUUGACAGUGAAACGUCCACAAACGGCAAGUAUUGUGAUAACUGCAUCAUCACCGCCAACAUCAGAUGCUGAAUCGAAUAAGCAACGCCAUAAAUCGGCAUCGCCAGUGAAACGAAAUCGACGACCAUCGUACAGUUCAGCCGAUGAGACAAUUGUUUCGCCAAAAGGAGCGCACAAAAGUAUCGAAGUGUUACAUAAUUUAGAACAACGCAGUCCAAGUGUAUCACCAACACGAUCCCGACACAAUUCAAUGGUGGACAUUAAACCAAUGGAAGUAAAUGAUCAAAAUACCUCGAAUGAAACUGACAAAAUCAUAUCGAUCGUUGAAAAACCGCCGGAGGCCACCAAAUCAAAUGAUAUUAUCGUUGAAGAAAUUUCAUCGCCCGAAAUGACACGCAAACAUUCGCAAGAGAUCAAGUCUUGGCUAAACCUUGGACUGGUCGAUGAGCUUUGUCUACGAAAUCUUAAAAGUGGGGAUUGGCGGCUGCGAUCGAAUGCAAUGUGCGCGAUUGAGGAAAUGCUCAAGUCGACGGACAAUUUGUCAAUGGUGCAACCACAUUUGGAGUCAUUGCUUCGUACACUAUUGUCAUCGGAAAAACAUCCAGAUGUGCUCGAAGAUAAGCGUCGAAUACUUGUUAACUUGAUUUCAAGGCUACCAUUGGACAAUCUGGAGGAUCGAGCCACACAAAUCAUCGUGGGAUUGUGUCGGCAAGGUGGGCCUGGCUGUAAUCGGGUGGCAAAAGCAUUGAUGCAACGAUUACCACCGACAGCUGUCGUUAUCAAACUCAUAUCGGACGAUUUUUUGAAGGCCCACAGCUCAAGAUUCCGUGAAAAUGCGUUACAAAUGGUGCUCUACGCACUGAUGACGUUCCCCAGCACAUAUUUCGACAUACCGACGUGUGUGAAAAAGUCGGCGGAGGCGGCAAACGAUCAAAAGAAACGUGUACGGCAAGCGGCUCUCGAUGUUUUGGCUGUGCUCGGUCAAAUCAGUACACCAAAAACGGUGCUCGAAGAGGUCACCGAAACGCUUCGUCAUGAAAAGGAAGCGCAUCGUUUGAUAGCCGCCAUCAAGGCGCGUCUAUCAAGGAAACAGCUACCAUCGGUAACGCCCGAAGGAUCGGUUCAUUAUGCACUGCGAAUACCAACCCCGCCACAAGUUAUAUCCAGCUAUUAUUUUGGAGCCGAUAUCGAUUGGAUAACAGCUGGUAUUGGCUCAGUUUCGCCAGUUUCAUCGAAGAAGCGCUUUGAUCCAACACAAAUGGCGUACAAUUAUUCGUCCAGCGAUUCAAAUAGAAGCAUUGAUCAUGUUCGAAGAUCGAUGAGAGAUUUGAGCUCUUACAAUUUGGGUUCGAGCUCAGAGAUCGACAAUGGAUAUCCAUAUCAAAAAAUGACGCCGCGAGAUGACAGAAAUACGCAUUUUGUUAUGGCAGCACAGAUACCAACCAGUCAAGUUCGUUAUCCUGGCAGCAGUCUUCAAAAGUUGAACAUCCAAUCACAAUCAUUUCCCGAUCUCACCCAUAGAGCUGAUACUAAAAGUGGGCCAUACAAACCCGGCCAUAAUGAAGGUAGCAAAUUGUCCAAGCUACCGGUUGCUUCAAGGUUUCCAUCGAUGGAAUCAAAUAUAGAAGCACGGAAUAAAAACGAAUCAAAUUAUUUUCACGGGAAUGCCAACCGUUAUCCAGUCUAUCCAAACAACAGUAGCUUUGCAAUGAGACAAAAUGGAUCGUUGCCGAGAAAAUUUACCACAACCACUAGUAUUCCAGUUCGAUCUGAUUAUUAUAAUUAUUCUCAUGGCGCUUUGACCGGUCAAAGUGCUAAUGAUGAAUCAAGACCUUCAACGCAUCCUGAUGAAUAUGCACAGCCGCCGUUACCGAAGCGUUUCGUGAAUGUGGACAAGUAUUUGGACGAGUCGUCGAGUGAAUCGAAUGAACCGUUGAAAACACUGCACGACAUUCGAUAUGCCAGUCAAUUAAAGUCGCCCAGUCACGAGGAGCGUCGGCUAACAACCGAAGAAUUAAAUCGGAAAAAUGCUCAACAAUCUGAACUGAUUGCCCUUGAAAAUGGUGGAAUUAUGAAUGCGAUAACCCCGCGUAAGCCUGGUGGAAUUGAUCAAAACGGAAGGGAAAAUCAAGUGGACAGCGAUGGCGAAGACGUGUCGAUUAUAGUUAGUGAAGGACAACGACCAUUAUCGCAUGCAUCAACCGCGACUACGAGGAGCAUUCAAGAUGAGACAAGUGAUUUGGCGUCGGGAAAUCGAACGAAAAGUGCCUAUUCCAUUGGUCAAUCAUCGAUAGAAGAAAUUAUUAGUCCAAAAUCGACGGCAGCAACUCCCAAGUCCACUAUUGCAACUCCAAUAUCAGCUGUUGCCACUCCAAAGUCAACCACUGAAAAUCUUGAGGUUGAAAGUGAAGCCAUCGACACUUCGCUCGAACACAUUCAAAACGAGAAUAACGAAAAGCUAAUCGCAGAUGAAUCACAUGAUGUUGCUCCAGUGAUAACGAUUGAUAGUGGCCAUGAUACCAUCGAUAGUGCUGAAAAAACGGCAGAAAUUCGAAUUGAUUCACAGCCCGAACAACUCCUGGACGCUCCUUAUAUUUCGGUGCAAAAGCCCAGCUCUCUUGAUGACAACGAACCGAGAUCCGAAAGCGAUUCCAUCAGUUUGACCAGCACCGAAGAGAGUUCUGACUAUCAGGCGAUGCGUGAAAACACGGCAAAAACCAUUACCGUUCCGAUUGGUGAACAGAAAAUCAUCAAUAAGCCCAUUCCAAAAUUGCGUCCAGCGAUCAUUUCGCGCCGCAAUAAAGUCACACCAGUCAAAGCCUAUCCGUCGAGUGCAUCGAUGGCACCAAAUUCAAAGACCUUCCACGCAUUGUUCCCAAGUAAUUUGCGAAAAUUCGACAAACCACGCGAAGCAUCGAAUAGUUGUUUGAAUCAAUUGGAUAGCCCAAAUUGGGAGACAACAAUGCACGGAAUACAGAAUUUCGUUCGGUUAAUAAGACAUCAUCCGGACACAGUUGAAUCACAUAUACACGCUUACUGUGUAGCCAUAUCCAAGCAAGUGAAAAAUCUUCGAUCUCAAGUUUCACGUUCUGCAUGCCAAGCUUCGGCCGAAUUUUUCCAAACCCACUCCAAAACACUGGAAACUGAAUGCGAAGAUUUAGUUACACAAUUAUUCAAUCGAACAGCCGAUACGAAUAAAUUCCUCCGAGCCGAUGCACUCCGUGCGUUGGCGGCAAUGUGCGAUAAUUUGCCACCAACAAAAGCGAUUCAAACGAUUUUAACGCGUGGUGCCACCCAUCAAAAUGCCAUUGUACGAACAGUUACAGCAAAUCUAUGCAGUCGAAUGGUCAGCCGAUUGGGAUGUGAGAAAAUUUAUGCAAUGAACCGUGAAUAUCGCGAUCGACUAAUUUUGGCCGGUGCAAAUUUCCUUAUGGAAGGCAGCUUAGAUACGAGAAACAAUGCGAAAGCAUUGUUCAAGCAACUUUCCACACAUCCAAACUACAAUCGAACACUACAAGACGUAAUUCCACCACGAAUUUACCGAAACAUCGAGAAAGCACUACGUUCCAUUAAGUAAAUACACCUGUAAGACACUAUAAGUGUGUGUGUGUUUGUUUGUUCCUUUUUCGUGGAAUAUGAAAAGAAAAUUUUUGAAUUUUGCCUCCCCUUUGUAAAUGUUUGUACAUAAAAAUUAGAAAAUCAUGUUGGAAAGGACAUUUGGGACGAAUGACAAAAAAUCAAUACGAAUGGAAAAUCGAUUCGUUGUUUUUUUUUCUCAUAUUUUAUAAAGAAAAACUAAUAAUUCUUCCGGUCGAAUGCGAGCUCUUUUUUCAUACAUCCCCGAAUGCAUGACCAUUUCUAUUUCAAUAUUUUCCAUAACAUUUGGAUUGGAGAUUGUUUUUUUUUUGGUUGUUAAAUACUCUUUCUUAUAUUAAGCAAAUAAAGAAUAAGAAGAAGAAGAAGAGAAAAAAAAUCUGAAUGAAAAGGGAAACAAAUGCGACACAUGUUGAGCAUACACACGCUAUGUCUCGUCUCAUUUUCAUUUGACUCUUUCUUUUUCUUUACAUAUUAGUAUAUAAUCGUCCUCAUUGAAAUGCAUUUACCAUGUAAUCAAAGAAACUAUCACCUAUAAUAUCGUUUUAUCGUUGUCCAAAUCUUUAAGAAAAGAAAAAAAAACCAUUGAAUUUGAAAAUAAAAUGAAUUAAAAAAAAACAAA